AUGGCUGUCUGCGUAGACACUGACGUUUCCGAUUUGAAAAAAUCUAAAACACUGAACGUCUCAAACGUCUCAAAGGCAUGGAAGGAACUCGGGCCAAAGAAGGCGGGAAAGCUUUUGAGUCGCAUUAAAGAGGUGGGAGAUCAACAAGUGGAUAUCAUGAAGGAUAGCGCGAGCAGAACUAAACGACAGGCUCCCAAUGAUAAAACCUACCCUGGUAAAAGAUGGCCAUAUGUCGUCAAUUACACUCUCGACAAUGGUUUAGAUAACAAGACCAAAGAGGCCUUCAAGAAUGCAACGUAUUUAUGGAUGAACGACACGUGCAUUGACUUCAUGGAAGAUCUAGCUGAAGAAUCUGAGGAUAUGAUCCUUGUGUAUAAACAUGAUGGAUGUUGGGCAGAGGUCGGCAGACACGGAGGGUGGCAGCUAAUUUCCCUCGGCGAAGACUGUAAUACGGUACCGAAUUUGAGAAGCUUUACGUCGAUGUCAUGGUGUCCUCUGUCCUUCUCCGAGUUUACCAGAAAACAAACGCAACAGUUUCCUGAAUUCUUCUGA